CAAUUUCAAGUGAAAACUUGUAGAGUCACAUACUAUACGAUUACUGUUCACCGGAACAGGCUGACGCAAUCGAAGUCUAAAGCCUGUCGCUUAAACGCUGGCACAUUAAAAUCUGCAACGAAUGUGAAGUUCUGUAUAGAGUGAAAUAAAAAGCGAGAAAAGUGUGGUGCUUGAUACGCGAACAAGUGUUGACAUUUUUAUCUUCAAUAAGAAUUUGGACAAACUGGCGCCAACAUUUUCUGGCAAAAAAACACCAAACAUGAGGAGGGCACAUGCUGGACAGUUUUACGAACCAGUUCCUACAAACGUAGACCAUGGAGAUAUUCUGGAAGAAGAAAAUGAAAAGAUGACUGCACUGUUAAGAGACAAGAUUCAUGAUUUGAAAGCUGUUACACUUGAAAUUGGAAAUGAAGUGAAAUAUCAGGAGAAACUUCUAAACCACAUGGCAGAUGAUUUUGACAGAACAGGUGGCUUCUUGAAGAACACAAUGAAUCGCGUCGUUCGUCUCGGAAAAGGAAGCCAUAACCAUUACAUAUUGUAUCUGUUCAUUUUUUCAUUUUCAGUCUUUUUUACGCUUUGGUUAGUUCUAAAGAUGAGAUGAGGAUUGUAUUUUAAAAUGGAAAACUGUACAAAUAUUACUAAAGGAAACAAAAAUAUGGCUAGUAUUUUGGUUUAAACUGUGAUAUACAUGUUUUUGUUCUCAUGUGGAAGGUGGUUGUUGGCUAUGGUAUGCACGGAGUGUGUGUAAACUGUACUAAUACCAUACUGUGUGAAUUCGUAUUGUAUUAUGAAUGUGUAUACUGUAUAUGUUUCAAAAUAUAAAAAUUAUGUUGGAAACAA